AUGAGCCUGUUGGAAGCAUACCAGUUCGCCAGUAAGUCCUUCGAGGCAGACAACAAGCGGUGCGACGACGAUGAAGGCAACGACGACGAUCAGAGCUUACACGUGUCCUACGAAAACAACGAGCUCAAAUACACAUUCGAGAAAGCAAGAAAGUUAAAUCCGAAGAACCUAAAGCGCACCGGUCUAGAGGAUUCCGACGACGACAUCUCGACUUCAAGUGACUCCUCGUGCACUUCCUCCAACGACGGCGCCGUUGUCACGUUUCUGGAAGCAACAGGCGUGUACCAACCGGACGAGGACUGCAACCCCAUUUCUGACCCUGAAGUGAUGGAAAACUGGUUGGAGCUAUGUCAUGACAAAGCCUCGGGGAUUUUGUGUGUGAAUCCGUCGGCAGUCCAAGCCUGUGCCAAGGCUUUCUGGGAAAGCGAAGAAGGUGCCAAUAUGCCCACCGUCGAAUUGACGGCUACAAGAAAACGGUCUCGUGGCGACAAUGAAUCGAACGCACUUGUGAGGUCGGGUAUCUUGAGAGCGUACUUUGAUGGUCGACGAUCUCAUCGCAUCGCUCCUACCGGUAUCGAAGAACAUGGGGUCUGCUUAAGUUGCAAGCGCGAUGGCAUUCCCAGAGCUGAUCGCCUCAGUCUUGAGUGCAGUCACUUUUAUUGCCGAGAUUGCUGGACUGUGUAUCUUGGAGACAUUGCCCAAGCUGCUCUUGGAAGGGGAGGUCUGCCGCCCCCCGUAAUAAUGAAGUGUCCCAGCUCAAAAUGUUGCAUUUUUGUUGCUCGGAUCCAUGUGUCUAAGUUUGUACCAUCGUUGUUGUCUGGGUUCGACGGCUUGGCCCAGGAAACCAUUCUCCAGCGCUAUAAGACCCAGAUGCGCCGGUGCCCUGACGUCAAUUGUGGACACAUUGCCCUCCGAUGUGGCGAGAAGUUGCUUAUCCAGCCUACUGGAAAGGAUCCAGAGAUGGAUCCAGCCACGAGUGUCAGAUGUGAGCAUUGCGAGACUCGCUUCUGUUUCGUCUGCGGGGAUGAUGCGCAUGACAACUUCGUUUGCACGAACACAACUUCCAAACAACCGUCGACCGCAGGCAAGGUUGCUAACGCAACAGAGGGGCAAGCAAAGAAACGGAAGCUUGAGGACGGCAAAUCAAGCACAGCCCCCGUCUCGGCUGGUGGCAACACGCUUACACGAGACUGUCUCAGCAGUAUUGUUAGUGAUGCUUCGGACGCUCAUUCGCGGGCUAAGGGUAAAGACCCUCGUUUUGAUUUGGACUUCGUCAUCAAGACUAUUCACGGCACUUGCCCCGAACUAUCUGAGGAGCUGGAGGAGCAACGAGAAGAGCUGCAAGUACUUUCUGGAUAUUUCAAACGCUUUGUUCUCCAUGGGCAGCGCCAGCAACUCGCCACGACUCCAAUCGAUGCCGCCAAGUCUGCCUUUCUUAGUACCUCCGAUGAGGAGUCGGACAACUUUGUACGGGGAAGAAAGUCUUUGGUGGCUAGCAAUCGAAUGCUGAAGUAUUCCUCGGUCCUGUUGCACGAGAAACGGGAUGACAACCUUGCACACGACGCUACGUUGGGACUCUUCCUAGAACACCUGGCACAAUUGGGACAGGCAACUGAAGACCUGUGUUCUCUCAUUGAAAAGUCCUCGUACAGAUCUGAUUCCAGAAAGAAGGUGUUGAAUAAGAUUGAACGGGUUGAUAGCUGCAUGAUGAAGAUUUCCUCUCUUGGACUCGAAUGA